AUGUCCAGAGACAGCAUGACAGCUGUACGAGGAGCCCAUUCACACAACGCGAGCCCCACAGCGCCCAAGGAGAACGGACACACGGCGCCGAUCCCCGCUCCACCCUGCGACAGCUUCACCCAUCCCUCAGCGGGGAACACACCCGAUGACACCCCGGUGUCCGCGACCAGCGAGCUGACCCACACCUGGGUGCACUUCGCUAAAACAUUUGUGCUCAUUUUCCCCAUUUAUGCACUGGGAUAUUUUGAGUUCAGCUUCAGCUGGCUGUUGAUUGGACUUGUUGUGUUUUUCUGGUGGAGGAGAAACACAGGAGGGAAGUACAGUCGACUGAGCCGAGCACUGGCUUUCUUUGACCAAGAGGAGAGAAGUGUCAAGCAAAGUCUUACGACCUCUGAUUUGCCAUCAUGGGUCCAUUUCCCAGAUGUGGAGCGAGUGGAGUGGCUAAACAAGACGGUGAAACAGAUGUGGCCCUACAUCUGCCAAUUCGUGGAGAAACUGUUCCGCGAGACAAUCGAGCCAGCGGUGAAGGAGUCCAACGCCCAUCUCAGCACCUUCUGCUUCAGCAAGAUCGACAUCGGAGACAAACCACUGAGGGUCAACGGGGUCAAGGUUUACACAGAGAAUGUGGAUAAGCGUCAGAUCAUCAUGGACCUACAGAUCAGCUUUGUAGGCAAUACGGAGAUUGACGUGGACAUCAAACGCUACUACUGCAAAGCUGGUAUCAAGAGCAUCCAGAUCCACGGUGUGUUGAGAGUGGUGAUGGAACCGUUGCUGGGCGAUAUGCCUCUUGUUGGAGCUCUGUCUCUGUUCUUCCUCAAGAAACCACUUCUAGACAUUAACUGGACAGGCCUCACCAACAUUCUGGACAUUCCUGGUCUCAAUGGCUUCUCUGACAGUCUGAUUCAAGACGUUAUCUACAGUUAUUUGGUAUUACCCAACCGUAUCACUAUCCCACUGGUUGGGGAUAUGGAACUGGCCCAACUACGCUUCCCCAUGCCAAAGGGAGUCCUGAGGAUUCAUUUCUUGGAGGCUCAGGAUCUGGAAGGGAAAGAUAAAUUUCUCGGUGGGCUGAUCAAGGGAAAAUCUGACCCCUAUGGCAUCCUGCAGAUCGGCAACCAACUGUUCCAGAGCAAAACGGUCAAAGAGAGCCUCCAUCCCAAAUGGAAUGAAGUUUACGAGGCAUUGGUGUAUGAGCACUCAGGUCAACACCUUGAGAUUGAACUGUUUGAUGAGGAUCCAGACAAGGAUGAUUUCCUGGGGAGCCUGAUGAUAGACAUGACUGAGCUGCACAAAGAACAAAAGGUUGAUGAGUGGUUUGACCUGGAGGAGGCUCCAACUGGGAAACUUCACUUAAAACUCGAGUGGCUGUCUCUGCUCUCUACUCCCACAAAGCUGGAUCAGGUACUGCGGAGCGUGCGUGCAGACAGAAGCCUGGCCAAUGAUGGGCUAUCGUCAGCGCUGCUGGUGGUGUAUCUGGAUUCAGCAAAGAACCUGCCAAGCGUCUUCACAGGCAGCUUAGGCUGUGGAAACUUAAGUGAGAGGAGAGCAUCUGGCCUAGUCUUUUGUGAGAGCAAUGCCUCAGAGUAUAAGACAAUAUGUUCUGCAAAGAAGAGCAGCAGUGAGCCCAGUCCUUAUGUCCAAUUGACAGUUGGACACAAAACACUUGAGAGUAAGAUCCGAUACAAGACCAAGGAGCCAAUGUGGGAAGAUUCUUUCUCAUUCCUUGUUCACAAUCCCAGGAGGCAGGAGCUGGAGGUGGAGGUGAAAGAUGACAAGCGGAAAUGCACCCUGGGUAAUCUGAUGGUGCCUUUGAGCAGCCUGUUGGCGGAGGAGGACAUGACGCUGACUCAGUGCUUUCCUCUCAAGAACUCCGGACCCAGCUCCACCAUCAAACUUAAGAUGGCCCUGAGGAUCCUGUCCCUGGAGAAGCAGGGAUCCUCAGACCAGCCCUCCUCCGUCCGGGUCAGGAAGUCCAGUGUGCCGCAGUCAGCCACUGCCCCCUCCCUGAGAGCGUCGAUAUCAGAAUCCCCGCUGCCUUCGCCCACACCCCCGCCACCUAUAGACGCCUCCACUCUCACCCUCCAACAAAGAGACGGCGAGCCGUACUCGGCCAGCCCUCUCCGCAGUAUCUCCAACCUGAGCUCCUGCAUCACCAGCUCCCAGAAACACCUGUCUCAUAAGGAGUCCACACCCAGCCUGGCCUCGGAUAUCUCCUUGCCCUUCGCCACCUUGGAGCUUCAGCAGAGGCUACGACAGCUGCAGAAUGGCUCGGCCCCCAGCCAAUACCCCCUGGGCGAGGUCCAGCUGACUGUUCGACACAGCUCGCAGAGAAACAAACUCAUUGUGGUGGUGCACGCCUGCCGUAACUUGAUAGCCUUCACCAAAGAUGGCUCAGAUCCCUUCAUCCGUCUCUAUUUGCUGCCUGACAAGAGUCGGACGGGGAGAAGGAAGACCGGCACAAUAAAACGGACCCUGAAUCCUGUUUAUGAUCAAACGUUUGAAUUUAGUGUAUCUAUGGUGGAGCUCCACAGGAGAACUCUGGAUGUAGCAGUGAAGAAUGGAGGGAGCAUCCUGUCCAAACACAAAGGGCUCUUGGGAAAGGUGCUGGUAGAUUUAAGUGGAGAUGAUAUAUCAAAAGGAUGGACACAAUGGUAUGAUCUGAGUGAAGAUGGUUUGUCGUCUCAGUGCAUGAGAAGUAUUCAAGACCCCCUCCUCACAUAG